CACACACACGCUGCUCUGCAAUCAGGGUGAAGGAGGAGGCAAGUCACCCUGGCAAAAGCAUACGUAAAUACACUGGGAAAGUGCUAUAUUUGUACAUCUGAGCAAUCAAAAAUGCACUAGGUUGAGCCAAGGAAUUGAGAAAAGUCAAGGAGGGGUGGGGGGAGCUGUGUCACUCCUGCCUAGUCUCUGACAUACACACACACAGAAACACACACACACAUAUCAACCACAAAUAAGACAGCAGCAACAGCUACGUUUCCCCUUGCAAAGCCUUCCUCUUUACAAGCCCCACGUAAAAGGGGUGGGGGUGGAUCCUGAUUGAGAAGCUAGCCUUGGCUCCUGGGGACAACAACAACAACAAGCCAGCAAGCAAGGCAAGCUAGCUCCAGCCUCCAGCAUAUGGCCAUGUGAUGGGUGCACUCACUUCCAGGAUGAGCUGGUGAGACCACAUUAUCAAGGAGAAUCCAGGAAACCUGCCGACAUGCAACCUGCUUCCCAGCUGGCAGAGAGGAACUGAAAGUGCAAGGAAGGACAGUUUCAUAUGUGAUUCCAACACUCUGAAGUCUUCUCUAUUCUUUGACGAUUGACAGAGCCAUCAAUUAACUUCAUUUUUUACAUUCAUCCUGUGAUAAUGUUUACAUGAAGCUCUUCUUUGCUUAUUGGAUAACAAACAGACGUGGAGCGUGGCGCUGUGUAGAAUAUCGAAACUGGGCAUCAAAACCAAGUCUUCCAUGACCCCACAAUGACACACAGCUGCUUUUAUCAGCAUGAAGACCGAGUAUCACAUGAAUAACAGUUAUACUAGUUCUGGAAAAUGUAUAUUAAUAGAGAAAGACAUCAUUUAAAGGGUCUGAACGGAAUGUCUGUAGAUGAGAAGACUGAAUCCCCCAUGUAUGUUUAUGAGUCAACUGUCCAUUGUACCAACAUCCUUCAGUGCCUCAAUGACCAGUGGAAGCAGGAUAUUCUCUGUGAUGUCACUUUAAUUGUAGAGGGAAAAGAGUUCAGAGCACAUCGGGCAGUGCUGGCUGCGUGCAGUGAAUACUUCUUGCAAGUGCUGGUCCGACAGACUGAACAUGACUUGGUUGUCAGCUUGCCAGAGGAGGUCACGGCCAGAGGGUUUGGUCCAUUGCUGCAGUUUGCCUACACCGCUAAGCUGUUACUGAGUAGAGAAAACAUCCAAGAGGUAAUUCACUGUGCUGAAUUCCUUCGCAUGCACAACUUGGAAGACUCAUGCUUCAGUUUUCUUCAGACGCAGCUCCUCAACAGCAGUGAAGAUGGCUUAUUUUUGUGCAAGAAAGACACUUUGUGCCAGCGAAUGUGUAACGAGACUUUCGAUUGUGAAGAGGAAACAAUGGAUUCUGACACUUCCAAAACAUCCUGCUCAAAAGAACGAAUGCACCAGGAACCCUUUAGCUUUGGCUCAAGCGAGCUGGUGGCAGACCGAAAUGAAGUUAUUUUGCCUAAUUCUGAUAUGCAGAGGAACGACAAAGAGAGUUUAGACAAGGAUCCUGUGAUCCGCUACCCAAAGUAUAAGAAGUACCAGCUGGCUUGUACCAAGAAUGUCUACAAUACGUCACCCAGUACCUCAGGUUUCAAAAGCACAUUCAACGAGCAGAGUUUGGAAAUUGGCCUGAAUUCAGGGUUCCCCUUAAAUCAGAUCAAGAGUGAGCCUCGGGAUGAGGAUAAUGAUGAAGAAAGUGUAACCCUUUGCUUGUCUGGAGAUGAAGGAGACAUCAGGGAUAAAAAAGGGGAUGUUGAUAUGGUCAGGAAAGAACCCAGCCCAAUUAAUUUUGAUAACCCAAAAAGUGUUUCGUCCCCUUCAAGUUUAAGAACUUUUUUCAACAGAACAAAAGGGGGAGAGCUGGUUGACUUGCCUGUCACUUCCCAACAUCAGUUUGUCAGAAGUCCCUCGUGCCCUGUGGGAAAGGGAGCAACUCAGGGUGACCAUAAAACUGAUUACAGCCCUUUCACUGGGAAUUAUGAACUGCCCUGUGAAUCUCAUAAAGAUUCCUCUAGUUUCCCCAUGGCAUCCCCUCUUCGGGGAUCUGGGUCAGAACUCACCUCUAAACAUGAGAUGGAACUGGACAGGCGGAGUGUCAUAUUCUCUUCAAGUGCUUGUGACCAAAUUAGCACUCCAGUGCAGUCGUAUUCUGGUGUCAACUGCUUGGACAAAGAGUUUUCUGAGCAUGUGCCAAAGGGUUUGUGGGCAGGAGCUAGCCAAUCUCUUCCAAGCUCACAUACCUUUUCCCACAGUGGACUUGUAACAGACCCCUUGCCAGGGAGGCUCCGGACUAACACUAGCUGCCAUGUGCCAAUUAAGGUUUGCCCCCGUUCUCCACCUUUGGAAACCAGAACACGAACAUCUAGCUCAUGCUCCUCUUACUCUUAUGCAGAAGAUGGCAGCGGUGGUUCUCCCUGUAGCCUUCCCCUCUGUGAGUUUUCAUCAUCUCCCUGUUCACAGGGUCCAAGAUUCCCACCCACUGAUCAUCAAGAAGCCUGUUCGAUAGCAGACUCCAUCUUUAACCAAGGCAGGCCGCAGAUUAAAUGUGAGCAGUCAUAUGGAACAAACUCUAGUGAUGAGUCUGGCUCAUUCUCUGAAGCAGACAGCGAGUCAUGCCCUGUGCAGGACAGGGGGCCAGAGGUCAAACUGCCCUUUCCCAUUGAUCAAAUCACAGAUCUUCCACGGAAUGAUUUCCAGAUGAUGAUAAAAAUGCACAAGCUAACCUCAGAGCAGUUGGAGUUUAUUCAUGAUGUGCGCCGUCGAAGCAAAAAUAGAAUUGCCGCCCAACGCUGCAGAAAACGGAAACUCGACUGCAUUCAGAACUUAGAGUGUGAAAUCCAUAAAUUAGUAUGCGAAAAAGAAAAGUUAUUAACCGAGAGAAAUCAGUUGAAGGCAUGCAUGGGAGAGCUACUGGACAAUUUCUCCUGUCUUUCCCAGGAAGUCUGUAGGGACAUCCAAAGUCCUGAGCAGAUUCAAGCCCUGCACAGAUAUUGCCCUGUCCUAAGACCCUUGGAUCUACCCACAGCUGCCACGUUCAACCCAUUACCAGCACGAGGAGAACUAAACCUUGUCUCAGCUCAGGAUGCCGGGGAAAACAUGCAGUGCUGCAAUGAGCAAGGCUCCGUACAACUUGGAGCUCACUCACUUCCUAACAAUAUACCAGAAAAUUGUAUGACAAGAAGAGGACCAGAAGGAUCAGAUCAUGGUACUUACACAGAGAGAGGGGCAUGCAUAGAGCAAAACAACCAAACAGUUACAGUAGACUUCUGCCAGGAAAUGACUGAAAAAUGUACAACGGAUGAACAGCCGCGGAAAGACUUUACCUAGUGAACAUCUGGCAUGAAAUGCAUGGUCGGUCAGAAGUCAUUUAAACAGCCCUUGGCUGUUACUGUCUCCAGGAAACCUUAUUGGUGCACACUACAGCAGUCUUAGCAGCAAUACUGUUUUAUAAGGAUUUCCCUACUCUCUGAAAACAGGAGUUCUCUUCACGAUGGUGCUAUGCCUUGCUCAGGCAGGGAACUAAACAGAGGCAACACGGUCCUCUUUGUGGGUUUUUUUUCUUUAAUUUCUUAAUGUAUUCUAACUUCAGAUCUUAACAGGGAUGGAAGGAACACCUCUGAGGAUCCAACUGCAGCUUUUUAUUCUCAGUGACCCACGUCACAAAACCCUAUCUCAGGAAUAUCCUCUGAAUGUUCAUAUUAUUUUUUCUUUCUUCAUUGAAGACCGUUCAUUUAUAAAUCAAGGUUUUAUAAGUAGACUGUAAAUAAGUUGCAAAACCCAUAUGCAAAAAGUCCAUGCACCCUGAUUGAUUUACUCUCGCACCACCAUAAAACUGGAAAUUGCCCCAUUGCUAUUGGACAAGAAAAGAUCCAACAUUCCUAAUUGUGUCACUAACACCACAACCUAUGCUCAGUAUUCUUCACCAUUCUGCAAUAUUAUUCGGCUCUUAGAUACUGUGCCAGAGGUCUAAUGGUACCCCCUUCUGUCUAUAGCGUAGUCACGUGAAUCCACCAAUGUUUGUUUGCAGGUAUUAUUCUCUUGCCGAUACUGUACAGUAUGUCAUACUUUGCCACUUGCACUGACUUUGGUUGUUGUGUGUUAUUGUUAACACGGUUACAUAUGCAUUAUCUGCUUUGUAAAAGAAGGAAAAAAAAUGCAAAUACUCAGGAGAAUAUGAUAUAGGAACAUUAACGUUGCCAAAUAUUACAUGUACCACAUAGUAUAAAA